GAUAGAUUGUCCAUAGUAAUAGAAAUAAUAAAUUGAUCGAUAUAGUUAGGAUAAAAUUAAUCAUAAGUGGAUUAAAUGCAGAUAAUUUUGUCAAUUAGCUCAGUGUGCUAUCUAAAUUCAUUGCGUGAGGUGGAAAUGGACUGAUAAAGGAAAUAAAAAAAACAUGUUGUCGCUAAAAGGAGAUACAGCCUGGCAGAAGCUCCGGUCCCUCAUCAGCUGGCUACUCCCGCUGCCUCGCUUCGACCUGUUCCUGCAGGGUACCCUUCUGAUCCUCACUCUUUAUGAUGGGUUCGCGUAUCUGCUGCUGAAGAGGAGUGCUGCCGCUGGGGAGGUCAGCGGGAAUGUUGAGGACCUAGUCUACAUCGGCGCGGGCUGCUGCGAGCUGCUCCUAGCGCCGGUGCUGGCGUGGUGGGGCCGCCGCCGCCGCCCCGCCGCGCUGGCGGGCUGGCUCCUAGCCGCUGCCGUCUCAGGGCUCCUGGUACUCGGCUUCGAGCAGCCGGAGGUGGAGGCUGCUGGUGUGCGCUGCGAGCUUCUCCUAGCGCUGGUGCUGGCGUGGUGGGGCCGCCGCCGCCGCCCCGCCGCGCUGGCUGGCUGGCUGCUAGCCGCCGCCGUCUCAGGGCUCCUGGUACUCAGCUUUGAGCAGCCGGAGGUGGAGGCUGCUGGUGUGCAGCUCUGCGGCGCACCCCCGCUGCCCUCACCCCCGCAGCAACCAGGCUCCUCCAUCCGAGGCUCCCUGGUCAUCAUCACCGUGCUGCUCUGCACCCUCGCCAGGGUCAGCGUGUUCGCGCACGGAGUCACGUAUCUGGAUGAUCACCAUCCGACUAAUGCUGCUUAUUAUUAUGGUAUCCUAGUCUCAAUCCGCGUAUCCACCCUCAUCAACGCGCGCUCCUGGUUCGCGGCGCACGCGCAGGGCCCGGACUGGUGGAAGGGGCAGCUCUCCCUGGCGAUGCUGACCCUGAUGUUCGGAGUGCUGUUCCUGCUGUUCCCGAGGAGGAUGCCGGGCUGGGCUGUGGAGGAGACUGUGGAGGAUAAGUCUAGUGGUAGGGCGACAAUUUUACUGUAUGCAUACCUAGGUCUCCGGAGCACUCUGGCUCGUCUGCUGCGCUCCCCCGUGUUCGUGGUGCAGACGCUGGGGCUGGCGACGCUCAACGCCGGCCUGUGGGGGUUCGUGUUCCAGGAGGAGGUGUUUGCUAGGGCCCGUUACCACAUCGCGGAGGCGCCGGGCUGGUCGGACGGGCGCACGUCGCGGCUCGUCAGCAACACGCUCCGGACCUUUGUCGUCGUGUUCUUUGUUGCGAUAUUCCGCAUGCGUUUUUCCGGUCGCUUCCCGGACGGUAUCAAGGCGACCACCGCGUCCAAGGUGGCUGCGGUGUUAGCUCUACUCACUGCGGCUCUGUUCACCGUCAUAGCCGUCCUGGACUGUGAGACCUCGGCCGUGGCUGGCCUGGAAACGGAGUAUGAACAGCCUGAGUGCAGCCAGCAGUGCGAGUGUGACUCGGGCCGGUACGGCUUCGCGCCGGUGUGUGACGUCAGCACUCAGACCACGUACUUCUCCCCGUGCCACGCCGGCUGCAGCCAAGCGGAAGACCUGAAUGGGUUCUUACUGCUAUCAUCCUGCGCGUGCGGCGGCGGGCGCGCGGUGCGCGGCGCGUGCUCCCUGCGCGCCUGCGCGACCAGCUGGGCGCUCUACCAGAUACUGUAUGUCAAUGCUGUGGCUCUAGCUGCGGCCUCCCUCCUAAUGCAAGGGCUAGCGACGCUCCGCGCGGUGCGACACAGCGACAAGGCGGCGGCGGUCGGCUUGUCGCUCGGCGUCGUCGGGUUUGUGACGCAGGCGCCUGCGCAUGUGCUGUAUAUGGGGAUUAGUGCCAGCCAGUGCCUCUACUCCUCGGCCCCCUGCCUGCUGCACUCACAGGCACUCCCGGCGUACCUGGCAGCCUCCACGGCAGCCCUGGCGGCGCUGUCAGCGGGGCUGUGUGUGGGAGCGUGGGUGCUGCGACGGAGGGAGGCUAAGAGUUGACGGGGGAGCUUGAAGCGCAUCUAUUCUGAUACCAGGCUGCUAUUGAAGCGAAUACGCGAUACGAGUAGUAAUAAUAGCUAUGUAUACUUACAGCCAGUUUCAAUAACUCUAUCUACCAAUGACUGGUAGUUACUUUCAUACGAUUUUGACAGGUAACUUUGUAACUUUGUGUCAAAAUAGUAUGAAACUACCAGUCAUCGGUAGAUAGUUAUUGAAUCUGGCAGUUAGUAAGUACCUCAUUUUAUCGUUUGCAAAAACGAAAAAAAAAAAUCUCCUGCUAUUGUAUAAGUUCCUGGUAAGAGCACUGACUUAUUUAUAGACCAUAGUACUUACAUAAUAAACUAUUUAUGUAAAGCGAUUGAUGGAUACCUAAUGAAAGUAAUUAAUUAAUAAGGUAAGACAAUAUUUUAUAAUCUCUUUAACUUAAUAUGAUCAAAAUAAAACCAUUAAAAUUGA